AUGCUAAAAUUAGCAAAUGAAAGUGCAAGUAGUAAGAACAAAAAAGAAAUUAUUUCGCCUACUGAAUCCUCUGAAGAUGUCUUAGAUUUAUAUAAGAGAAUUGAUAAUACUUUAGAAGAAAUUAAAGCAUCUGGUCGUCCUCUUAUUUCCAAAUAG